UGUAGCGGUCGGUUGUGUUUUAUUUUAUUUUCUUCCGUGUCGAAACCGUUUAAAAGUUAAGCUCAAACGUGGUGAGAAGUAGAAGUUGAUUUUCUAUUUCGGUUUUUUUUUCAACGUUACUGCGACUGUAACAUAAAGUGUUUCGUACAAAAUAUUUCAUUUUCAAAACUUUGUACAUUUUAAAGUUAUAAAGAGUGAAGUAUUUAUGUGCUUUGAUUUGUUAACUUCAUUUAACUGUAGAAAAUGAUGAUGAUGAUGAUGACGACGAUGAUGAUGAUGUGAAACUUACUAUCUGAUUUAUUUUAAGUGUAUUACUUAAUGUUGCCUCCUGCCAUUUAAAUCCGAUUUACGUGCAUUGAACUGAUUUCAUGUCUUAGAGAAUAACAAUAGCUCAAAGACAACAACAAUAAACGAGCUGCAGCGGUUUAAGCCAAUGCUAAUAACAGAAACAGAAACAGAAACAAGCCUAUCUUGCAACAAAAUCUAACCGAAUUGAAGGAAGGUUUGAAGCGCAUCAUCAGUUCAGUGAGAUCUCUUCAAGCGAGCGUCAGGCACAGUUCGGUUGUAACUGAAAUAAAAACAGUGAAACGUUGAGAUACUUUGUCAUUUUGACAUUGUGACGCAAAUAUUGACUAGCAAACUUAAGACAAGACAAGACAAGACAAGGCAAGACAAUAAAUUACAAAUAAUAAAAUUGUAUCUUGUUUUUGGAAUCGGAUUCAUUUGUCGUUAAAGAAAUAAAAUAACAAAAGGCAACACUAACUUUUCCUUUUCUUAUUUGUAAAGAUUUUUUGUUUUUUUUUUGUUUGAUCUUUUUGGAUUCUGGAACGAAAGUCAAAGUUUUUUAUGUUUGGCCACCAACAAUAAAGUUGGCUAAAAACGGCAAGAAAAAAGUGAAAAAUCCGAGAUAACUUCGCAGUUCAUUCAACAAUCUACAUUUUUUCGAGUGCGUUACUUUAGAAAGUGAAUUGAGACAGAAAAUACGCGCGCGCAUGUGCAACACCGAAAGUGAGUUUCCUUUUUUUCUGAACCAAAGCGAUUCAUCUUUUUGCUGAAAUCGAAAUUGUGCAGCGCAGCAACUUUCAACAUGGAGGCAGAGGAGAUCACAAAACUUGUCGAUGGUGUUUAUAAGAACAUAUUGGAAAAAUUCAAUCCCGGCGCUCGUCAACUAAUCACUGCGGGGAAGGGCUACUUAAAGGCUUUACAUGGUGCUGCCUCAGCUUCGCGUUUAUUUAAUGAUGCAUUAGCAAAAAUUGCAAUGAAUGCGCAACAAACUGGAACCGGUGAUAUUGGCGCGGCAUUGCUAAACGUAGUUAGUGUCUAUAAAGAAAUACAAGAACAACAAAUGAAUAUUUUAAAAGCAUUUUAUGUGGAUUUAUUAGUGCCAUUAGAAACAAAUCUCGAAAAAGAUACAAAAGUUGUGCAACAUGAACAGAAAAAAUUCUUGCAACAACACAAAGUACGCAUGGAAAGUUAUCAGAAAGCAGUCUCAACUAUGAAAAAACAACGCAAGAAGAAAGCCAGUCCUGAAAAUACUGAAAAGGAAUUGAGGAGUUUGCAAAUUUUGGAAGAUCAAAAGAAAAAACUUGAUGCUUUUUGUGAGCAAAGCUACAAAAAUGCCAUGACACAAGAACGACGUCGUUAUGGUUUUGUCUUGGAACGUCAGUGUUCCAUUGCGAAACAUUGGAUGGCUUAUCAUAAUACCGGCAAAAGCGUAAUCGAUAAUAAUUUGGAAAAUUGGCAAGAAAUUGCAGCAUCGCGUGAGGUUAUACCUACUUUGGCAUAUGAGACUAAUCUCAACGGACAUAAACGUAUUGAACGCAUCAGAGAUGCUGAUGAAAACCAUAGUCAUAGCCAUAACGCUUCACAGCUAAAGAAAGCACGUAGUGUUGAUGCACCAUACGGUGAUAUGCGCACUUUACAUGAAACCAGUAAUAAUUACACACAAAAUUCAUUACCACGUGCCAAAUCAGAUUUUAAUUUGACAGCUACAACCACAUCAUCAAACGAUCAUACUGAUCACACACAUUGGGAUCAACGUCCUGUAGUCAAGGCACUCUAUGCCUACAUGCCAUCCGGUGAAAAUCAAUUACCUUUCGAUGAAGGUGAUAAGAUUGCUUUGGUUGGUAGUAAAGCUAAAGGUUGGCAAUUUGGUGAAAAUUUGCGUACCCAAAUGUUUGGUUGGUUUCCCAUUGCCUACACAAAUGCUGAAGGCAAUGAGAAGAAUAAACUUGAACAUGAACGCAACGAACGCAACGAUCGUUACGAGAAUAUGCAUUUCGAGCAUAAUAAUGGCGGCAUGCGUAAUUAUAGAAAUCAGUAUAUGUCGGAGACCCAUAUGGAUACAACCAUGGAAAGUGAUUCGACCUAUAGAAGACGCAAUAAUAGCGCUGAGGAGUCAUCACCGACUAGAAUGUUUGGUGAUACUAUUAAUUUCCGUAAUCAAAAGAAGUAUCGUCCACAAUCAAAUGGCAACCCACGACCCGGACCGCCACCAACUCUGCCAGCACCAGUGCCCACAAAUCAAAAUUCAAAUCGUAUGUUGAAUACAUCACAAAGUUUUUGUGCACCAAAUGGUGCUCCAUCUGUUAUAGAGCGUCGUAAGCAUAAGGCACAAAACGGACAACAAACAUCACAUACUUCCAUGAAUCAUGUUAGCUCUAGCAAUCAAUCGAAACCAACAGCAACUGCUAAAGCUUCACUACAUAGUAGUGCCGAUAGUGGUUUCUCCAAUGAACCGCCACCACAACCCGAAGUCGAUUAUUCUGAUGAGGAACAAACUAGUCGUGUACCCAUACGACGACGUGCUGACACAAACUCUCAUAAUCCACGUGAAGUAGCUUCCUGGACAUUGAAUCGUAAUUUCCGCAACAGCGUGGAUAGUCAGAUUGAUGAUAGGAGUUUACACACACUCAAUAGACAUAGCAAUAAAAUGAGAUACGAUCUCAUUGCAAGUGACGAUGAAAUAUUGCAUGCUUCGAGCGGUGGCAUAAAACGUACUAAGUCAUUUUGGAAAUUCGGUGGGCGUCAUGAUGAUAUUUUAGCGGGUAUGUCAUUAUGGCAACAUCGUGACUUAGUAGCCGCACCAAAUCUUGAAGAAAUGCGUGAUGAGCUCAACAAUGAAACUGAACAGCAAGAGCAUGAUUUCGAUAAAAAUGCUACGCUCACAAAAUCAAACUCAAAUUCCAAUUCCAAUUCCAGUUCAACACAUGAGAAACGACGUAAAGAUAGCAUUACCAGUAUGGAAAUGUAUGACGACGAUGAAAAUAUUUACGGUAUGAGUCCGGUAAUGCAACGCGAAAAUAUAGUACAGCAACGCAAUUCUACACAAUCCACAAUGCAAUCGAAUUUCACACCCAAAUCACGCAUGAAAAUUAUGAAAACAAUCGAAAUUGAUAUAGAAAAUCCAACGGAGAGUGAACGUUUAAGCACCAUAAAACGAGGACAAAAGGAAUAUCAGAAAGAGUAUAGAGAAAGUGGUAUGAGCCAGCAAGCGGUCAUGAGAAAUUCGAAUGGCAGAGAACAGGAACUUAAGAAAAAUGCUAAUAUGAAUAUGCAAAAUAGAAACUCUUCAAAUAAUGCAAGUAAAAAAUUGAAUGAUAUGAAAUCGAAUCAUCAUUCGACCCCACAAACAAAAUCGCAACCACCGCAAAGUAGAGCUGUACUUCAGGAUAUGUUACCUUCUACAGAGGAUGAAGCUGACAGCGAUGAUAAUGGCACACUAAAAAUGAGCGAUGUUAAUAAUUUUUUUGAUGAUUUGCCGCGUGACAACACAGGCGGUGGUCUUAUCAUGAAAACAGUUAAACGUAAAGACAUACUUAAACAAUAUUAUACGAGUGAAGAUGAAUCGGAUGAUGCUGAAAUAAAAUCCACUAGUUCCGAUCCAUAUGAUUGCAUUGUCAUCAAUGAUCAUUUAGUGCGCAAGGAUGACAAACAUAGACGUCAAAUGCACAAUUCUUAUCAGGAACAUCAAAUGGAGUUUCAAACAUUUCGUGCCACUACGACUUCAGCUUCACAAGGCGCAACAUCAACCAUGAAUAAAAAGAAAAAUGAUAACAGAAUUACAAAUGGCGGCUCUUCCGCUACAUUAAAACAGCAACAAAAACAUAAGCAGCAACAACAACAACAACAUAGAGAACAACAACAAGAACAGGAACGUUAUAUUAACAAUAGUAACACAAUGACACGCAAUAGUAACGUAAAUUCUACAAUAAAUACACCCACUGCCACAAUAUUGCCACGGACAAGGCUAAUGAAGUGCAGUAAUACAACAAGUAUGACACUGGAACGUACACAACACAAGUCCAAUAGGCAAAACGAUACUAGGGAAAAUAGUGCCUCUGUUAGUAGUGAUAAGGAUAGGCAUUAUGGUAAAACCUAUGGACCUUGGUAUGAUUUUUGGGAUCAACAGAAUCAGCAUACGUUAGUCAGUCAGAAAUCAAUGAGCAACUCAAAAAUGAAAUCGAACGGUGGAAUGUAAGGAAGGUAAUAUCAUGGAGUUUUUAGCAUGGAGUUUACUAACGAGAAUAUAAUAUAAUGCUGUCCUACUGCAUUUUCUUACAAGUGAAGAAAGUGAAUCUGUUGGACUACUAAUAGAAACAUAAUAGAAAUCUUCUAACUCGUUAGUCUAUGUAACAAGUAACUUAGCAUAAAAUAACAAUUAUAUUGAAAUAUAAAUUUCUUAAAUAACAUUAAGU